AUGGCAACAGUCAAUACAACUCGCCCACGCGACUUUGUCGGAUAUGGAGAAAAUUAUCCGAGGUUUACCUGGCCAGGAGGCAAGAGGGUUGCCAUCAACUUUGCCAUCAACUAUGAGGAAGGGACGGAGAGGAACCCACUCCAAGGUGACAGCACACGCGACACUCGAACAUGGGUGAGAAGCGCACUGCCCGAGAAUGAGCGAGACCUCAUGCAAGAGGGCGAGUAUGAGUACGGGACACGCGUCGGCAUCUGGCGGCUCCUACGAAUCUUCAAGGAAUUCAACGCCCCGUACAGUGUCUUUCUAUCGUCAGAAGCUCUUGUAGUGAAUCCCAUCCUGGCGGAACGGUUGAAGACGGAGGACUGUGAUCUCGUCUCGCAUGGAACCAGGUCUAUUAGCCGCCUAGGUCUCACAGAAGAGAUGGAGAGAAGCGACCUUCGCCGGUCCAUUGACCAGGCUUUCGAACUCACAGGGAAGAAAAUCCAGGGUGCUUUCCCUAGACCACCUAUUACCGACAACAGUCGUCGGCUCAUGGCGGAGGAGGGCCUGCUCUACGAUUCGGCCACCACCAACGACGACCGUCCCUAUUUCGCUGAUGUUUCGGGCCGACCGAUGCUUGUUCUCCCUUAUGCCGUGGACACCAACGAUGCGCGCUUCUGGGGUGGCCAGUCUGGCCCCGGAUACACAGGAUCUACGGAUUUCUUCGAUUACUUGAAAGACGCCUUCGACGUGCUUUACCGCGAGUCUGCUGAGAGCGGUACCCUGAUGUCGAUUGGUCUUCACGCUCGUAUCAUGCGACCUGGACGUGCGGCUUCUAUCCUUCGAUUCCUUGAGUAUGUGAGCAAGUUUGACGGCGCGUGGGUUGCUAAGCGGAGUGACAUUGCUACGCACUUUGCCGGUCUUUUUGCUCCGGAGAACACAUGGAAUCUCGAUACCAUUUCAAAUCCACAGCAGCCCCCCGAUCAGGAGCUACACUAUCUAAUACCUUACGAAGGCACGUACACGAAGAGUUAA